CUUAUUGCUAAGCUUUCUCUCACUAAAAAUGAAUAAAUAAAUUUAAUAAGUAACUAUUUUAUAUAAAAUGUUUUUAGAUGUAAAUUUCCCAUAUAUAUAGUAAUCCCACACACCAUUUCUCCUCCGCUCACUCAUUCCCCCCAAACCAACCACCGCCCUCCGCCGCCUCCCAAACCGGCGCCGGCAACAGAAAAAAGGGCGAAUCACUUCCUCCGAUGCAGGGCCUCCGCCGCUACGCGCUGCCGGGGGACGGCGACGGCGGUAUCCGCCUCGAGCUGACCCCGAGCGCCGCCUCGCCGCUCGCCAUCGACGUCGCCGAGUCCACCGAGACGCGCCUCCGCCGCCUCACCUCCGAGAAUCCGGUGAUCAUCUUCGCGCGCUCCGCCUGCUGCAUGUGCCACGUCAUGAAGCGCCUCCUCUCCGCCGUCGGCGUCCACCCCACCGUCAUCGAGCUGGAGGAGGACGAGAUCGCCGCCCUUAAUCGCGCCGCCGCGCCGGCUCUCUACAUCGGCGGCGCGUGCGUGGGCGGGCUGGAGAGCGUGGUGGCGUUGCACUUGAAUAAUAGCCUCGUGCCAAAGCUUGUUGAAGUUGGAGUUGUGAGUGAGGGAAUUUAUAUUAGCUAAUUAAUUAGGAAAUUAUUAUAUAUAUAUAUAUAUAUUUAUCUAUAUUAAUAAAUAUUAUAUAUAUUGUAGUGCUAAGUGCUAUUUUGGUUUUGAUAAUAUUAGGUGAAGAAAAUAAGUAAUUAGCUUUCUAGUAUUAAUGAUGUUGUAAGGUAGCUUGUGAGAUGUGGUGCUUCCCAAUUAAGGUAAUGUUGUGAUUAGGGAAACAUUUAAUUGUGCUUUAAUUAUGAUGUAGAAAUAUAUAUCUAUGGCA